AUGAAGUUUAAUGGUGUAAUUACGUCGCUUUCGUUCUUAUUAUUGUUGGGUUCAACUUUGUUUACCCUCUUUAACAUUUUGUCCGGUGCCAGAACAACUGGUGUUUUGAAGGGCUUCCAUUGGUUAGAAGCUGAUACUAGAGGAUUGAGAAAUGCUCCAGAUACUACGAAAUGGUAUAACUACAGAUACUGUGAAUACUUUGAACAACCAAACACUAUUGGACGUUGUUCUCGUAGUAAAGCUGCAAGUGCAUUUUCUCCAAGAGACAACUUUGGAGACACUCCUGCUUUGCCUCAGACGUUUAGAAACAGCAGAAACACCUACUACCACUUGUCUAGAUUAGCAUGGGCUAUGUUGUUGAUCAGUUUAGCGUUCAUGUUGAUGUCUCUGCUACCAGCAAUUGCAUCAAUUUUCACUGAACGUGCUCACAUUGUCUCUGCUUUGCCAUUAUGGCCAGCUUUGUUCUUCUUGACUUUGGCUGCUUGUUUCUACACUGCAUGCUUUGUCAAGGGCCGUAACGGUUUCAGAGAUGCUGGUCGUAGAGCUAACUUGGGUAAGAAGAACUUCGGUUUCCUAUGGACCUCUGUCUUCUUGUUGUUCCUAAACUGUCUAUGGUCUACCUUCGCUUCUGCUUUCAGAGCUAUCACUAAUUACAGAAGCCGUAAGAACGACACCUACUACGACCCUCACUCCGACGCUUCUUUUGACAACAGCACUGCUGUUCACAGUGGUCGCGGCCAGGGAAAGGGUUUUUUUAACAGCGGUAAGCGCCAAGGUAACAACUACAAUGGUGAAGUCAUGGCUGGUAACGAAGCAAGCAGCUUCGACCGCCGCUUCGACAACCAUGCUGCCUACGGUGCUUACAACACUAACUCUGGUGCUAACCCAGGUUACUCUGCUAACAAGGACUUCCAAAACGUCAGUUACGGUACCGGUAACAAGGGCACUACCGCUGCUGCAGUCGGCGCUGGCGCCGCUGGUGCCGCUGGUGCUGCUGCUAUGAGUAAGGACAGCUCUGCUCGUUCUCCUCAAACGCAAAAGAACUACUCUACUACUACCACCACCGCUAACUACCCAACCCAAACCCAAUCUCAGACACACUACCAAACACAACAACCAAAGUCCCAAUACCAAACCCAGAACAAAAACCAAAACUCCUACUACAAUGACACUUCCGCUCGUGACAACUACACUACAAGCAACACUGCUACCCAUGCCGACCCUUACGUCGAGGACAGCGGUGUGUAUUACGGUGGGGUACACAAGGUUUCCGGAAAGACUAACAGCCCAGAAUACCAAGCAACUAAGCCAUACAGCUCGACUGCUGGUUACGACACUGGUAAACCAACUAUCAACUCUACCGACUACCAGUCUAGAGCAGCCAACACUCACACCACUGACACCACUUCCGGUCGCGGUGGUUACGAGAAGGUGAAGGAAUUAGGUGCAGCUGCAGUCCAAAAGGGAACCAAUCUAGUCAGAGGUCACUAA